CGGUGCUGCUGACUCUGAGCCACGGAUGACGCAGGAGUAGCCUAACGUUACAACCGAAAUUUCAAUUUCCGCGACACUUAACACACUCAAUAGACAUGGGUUAGCUCAGUGUCGGAGCCGUGAAAACAGCCUAUUGAAAAGAGAGAGAGGGAGAGAGAGGAGAGAGAGAGAGAGAGAGGGAGAGAGGAGGGCUGGUUGGGGGUUGUUGAGAAGAGAAGCUAGAGAGAGAGUCAGAGGGAGAAAGGAGGAGGAAUCGGACAGCCAUUACCAUUAAGGAUUAGGCUACGUUUUCUCGCUUAUAUUCUCCCCAGCGCGUCACCCCUUCCCGGCUGUGUGUCGAUUCGGUUUUUGGGGAAAAAGCGUGGUAACAGAAACCCGAUCGGAGGAGCUGAAAAAAACGUCCAACCUUUCAUCCAUCCCUCCAUCCAUCCAUCCAUACAUCCCUCCUUCCAUCCAGGAGGAGAGGGAGCAGCGGCGGCAGCAUCCCCGGCCUCCCUCGCUCUGUGCUCGGAUUCCAGGACCGCUGCUGCCCCGGUGAAGCCCUGAAGUAAGAUGGAGUCAUCAGACGAUGAUACUCUGAGCGAGCGCUCCUGCGUCAGCGAGCCGUCCUUCCGUAGCGAGCGCUCAGGGGGGUCGUUGUCCCCGUGCCCAUCAGGACCCGUGGGUCCGCCCGGAGACACGUUGCCGUGGAAUCUGUCCAAACAUGAGAGGAGGAAGAGGAAGAGCCAGGACUCGGUGCUGGACCCAGCGGAGAGGGCGGUGGUUCGUGUCGCAGAAGCGGGUGUGUGCAUGGAUGCUAGAAACAACAAUACAGGAUAUAUCUAAAGCCAGAUCUGUUACAGCAACAGUAACGACCCACACACUUGAAAGACCUUCAGUAUUAUACAUUCACAUUAAUACAUACACAUAGGCUGCUUUGGUACAUUCAAUUAGAAAGAAAA